UUUUUUAUACCCGAGUGUGUACAGUAGUGAGCUCGCGAUGUUGAUAAUAAUAGGAUAUAUAUAGUAGACAAAAUGAAAUAUUUCGGUAAAACGAACUGAUGUAAUGAGUGCGACUGCGCGUAUUUACUCCCUCUACUUGUUUUUAUCUUGUUUUGUUGCUUAAGUUUUAAUUAAAUUAUUGAUAAUAUUUAUUAUGUUAAUUUAAAUGAAAUAUCAAAGGUUUUAGAAUUUUUUCUAUAAAUUUGUCUGGUGAAAAUAAAUCUAAAAAGUGGACAACCGGUUUUUUAUACAAGACCCUUUCGAUACAAUUUAUUUCAGGUCAAUUGACCUUAGUAUUGAAGAAAUGAAACGGUCUUUGGUUAGUAGAUAAAAAAAAAUAUAAAAAAUUUAAUCUUUAGGAAUCAGCCAUUGGGACGGAGUAAUAAAAUCCAGUAGAGUUUAAGCUGAGUAAUAAUUAUUUUAAAAAUAACACCAGUUGAUUAUUAUCUAUAACAAUCUGCUGGGGAAAUAAUUGGAAUGGCAUCCAGUGGUGGAUUAUUUGUAAGUGGAACAACUCCUGCUACAAAACUUGGCUCUCAUUAUCUCAGUUUGAGUGAUCAAUUAUCAAAACGUCUGUUACAAGAUAAAUUGGAGAGUUCUAUGAAAUUCGAAGUUGGUGACGAGGAUGAUGAGGACGAUGACAAUGAUGGUGAUGAUGAAUCUUAUUUAAAUGAAUCAAAAUCAUUAUCCACUGGAAUAAAUCUUCAACCAGCAACCAGAGUACGUUCACACGCCCGGAGUCUCAGAGCAAUGGCCAACCCAAGUGCUGUCUGGGCACAUUUUGAUUUGUGCGUUGAAGAUCCACUUCGUGCUCAAUGCCGCAUUUGUGGAUCUGUUGUCGUACGAGGCGGUGCUAAUCCUCGUCAAUGCGGUACGACCAAUCUUCAUCGACAUCUAAGGGUUCAUCAUGGUGGUAGACUUAUAGGCAGACGAUAUCAUGUGUUACAAUCUCACACCCAAGGAGUUUCGACACAACCAAAACCAGUGAGAUUAGCACAACAAUCAGCAAUCCGUCGACAAGCAAAAAAUAGUCUACGUACCAAAAGUUAUCAACCCCAACAACAACGACAGCAACAUGAACAACAGCAAAAGACUGUUGUUUUAAAAACAAUUCCGUUGAAAGUAAAACAAGUUUCAUCAGCUGGUACUGUUAAGACGCCAUCAAAGUCACAACCAGCUGCUAGAAUACCUGAAAAUACUACUUACCCUCAGCAACCCACUGAGGUUUGUUUAAGGUGGAAUAGUUACCACAGUAACAUGCAGAAUAGUUUUCCAUCACUUUUGGAUUCUGAAGAAUUUGUUGAUGUAACUCUUGCCUGUGAAGGACGUUCACUAAAGUGCCAUAAAAUGAUAUUAUCAUCUUGCAGUGAUUAUCUCGCAGCUUUGUUACGUGAAAAUCCAUGUCAGCAUCCAAUUAUUUUGAUGAAAGAUUUAAAGUUUUGGGAAGUUGAAGCACUUGUUAAAUUUAUGUAUCGAGGAGAAGUUAAUGUUGCUCAUGACAAGCUUCCUCAAUUAUUAAAUGCCGCAGAGGCACUUCAAGUAAAAGGUCUAGCUGGACCUUGUCCAUCGCAGAAUCAAAAACCACCAAAUCUAGUACCUCAACCUAAGAAAACACAAUCAACACCGCCUCAGGUAUCAAAGCCUACACCGGAAACCAAAGAAUCUAAAACCUCAGCAUCAAUACCCUCAUUAACUAGUCCAAAACGCGUGCCAAAACGUCCACAUCCAGAAUCUAAAGAUGUAAUUAAACCACUUACUAAAAUUCGUCUUCAAAGAACGACACCUACCUCAUCAACGCCAGCAGUAAAACUAGAACCACUUGAUAUUCCUCUAAGUCCAACAGAUAUGUUUCCUGAUAAUAACGAUGACAGUUUAACAACAAAUUAUGAACAUUUGAUGAGUAUGCAUGAAGAUGACCCCGGUAGAGAUGAACCACUGGAUAAUACUGAUGGUGAUAUUGAAUUUUGUUCAUUAUCUGGACCAUCGGAUCUCAAUGACGGCGAUGAAAACAUGGAAUUUGUACCGACAGAUUUUUUAGAUCAAGAACAAGAUAUUCUUGAAGACGCUGAUGGUGACUGCAGUAAAAGUAGUAAUGAAGAAACAAGUGCCAAGGAUAUUGGAUAUAAGGAAGUGGAUGAUGAAAUAGAUGACAGAGACGACAUUAAAAAUUAUGACGAUGAUGAUGCUCAUGGAUGUAAAGCUGAAAUAACGUGAAAUUCUUAUUGAUAUGAUAAUUAAUAUAAGACCUUUUUUUUAUUUAUAUUUAUUCGAGAGGUACAAAUUAAUGUGUUAGUUUUGUCAGUUUUGCUUUCUUUUUUUUUUAAAUUAAAUAUAUAUAAGUAAAUAACUCUUUAUAGCAUUCUUUUGAUUCGCGUAUGCUAUUUAUUGAUUUCAAAUACUACACUGUAACAAAAAACGGGGAUAGUCUAGAAGGUGUAGGUGUUAAAAUUUUCGGUGUUAAAUUUCAACACCGAAAGCGGUGUUGAAAUAACAUCGCUGCCAGUGUAAAUAUUCUUUACCAGGAUUAAAAAAAUUAUCGCAGUGUUAAAAUACUUUUCGGUGUUGAAAAGUAUUUUUUUUCUCAGUGUAAUUUCUAUACGUAGAAUUUUUUUUACACCGAUUUAACACCAGUAUUUUAACACCGUCAAAUUACACCACCUGUUCCGGUGUUAUUUCAUGUUAACACCGCUCUUUUUGCAGUGUAUGGUUAGCUUGUCUUUUAUUGCAAUAAAUUAUAAAAAUGUUUGGAAUUUUUUUUUCAUUUAUUUAAAAAUAAUAUACAUUUGCUAUUAUAAAUUUUUGAAACGAAUUCGACCACUAUAUUUUUUAAAAUGUAUUUCAAUAGUACAUUAUCUGAAUUAACUAACGGUAAUUAACUGUUUGUGCUUUAAGGAGUUAUAAUUAUAUACUUGUUGCCAUAAUUAUUAUCGAUUUAGAUUAUUAUUCAAUCGAAUUGCUUUUGUGAUAUUGAUUUUUUAAAAAAUAGUCACAUUUCCAAAUACUGAAUAUUUUGUAACCAUUCAUAGGUUUAUAAUUUAUUUGUUCCUUACUUUUUUUCUUUGUAAAGAAUCAUCUCAGGAUCAUUAUAAAUAUACUCACAAAAAUAAAAAAAAUAAAUAAAACUUUAAAGAAAACAAUGAGACCACCUGUAAUUUGAAAAAGAUUUUAUUUUUAACAUGAUUGUGAGUGAUGUGUGUGUAUAAAAAUUAUUAUAUUAAUUAUUAAGAAUAAAUGUAUGAAUAUAAAACAAAAGAUAUACAUAAUAAUUACUAUUAUUAAUAAGUAAUUCUUUAUGGAAAAAUUAUUAUAAAUUUAAAAGUAAUUAAGAGUAAAAAAUUUUAGCUAUUCACUUGAUAAAUUUGAUAUUAUAAAAUAAUUAAAUAUCUUUAUAUAUUUAAAAAAUAUGAAAAAUAGGUGAAGUAAAAAACGUAAUACCCGAUCACUUCAUGUAUUUGUAUAUCUAUAUUUAUAAAUAUAUGGAGUAAUGGGGUAUGAGGUCUUUUAUUUUACUAUUGCAUUUACAUGAAUAUUGAUUUAAAUAACAAUAAUUUAUCAUUAAUUAAAUAUAAUGUAUUUCAUUAUGAAACUUUAAUUUAUUAAUUAACAGAUUUUAUUAAUAAUUAAUAAAGUAUAGAUUUAAUGUUUGAUCGUAAAAUAAAAGCACUGUCAUAUAUGUGUAUAAAAAAAUUAUUCAUAUAAUAAAAUAUAAAUAUAAAAUUUGAAAAUUUAUAAAAUUCAUUAUUGUCAAUUCAAAAUAGAGAUACUUGUAUAAAAACGUGUAAUUCAUAAAACAAAGUAUUAGAAAUAAAUAAUUGGUUGGAGCAUUUGAAUUUCUAUAUGAUUUAUUAUUAAAUAUUGAAAUUAAAAUUUUUUAUUUGAC